UUUUUUUUUUAUUAUUUAUUACUUUCAAAAAACAUUAUUUUAAUAAUUAAUAAAAAAACUGAAGUAUUUUAUUUCUAAAUCUUUUAAUGUUAUACUUAUAUAUAUGUACUCAAAUAUAUGUAUGUGUGUGUAUGUAUUUUUUAAAAAAUAACGUGUCCUCGAUGUACGUAUCCUUAACGUGCCGCGCUCUACAGUUUCAAAAAUUGGUGCAUCGUCGUGUCGUGUUAUUUUGUGUCUUGUACCAGUGUUCGUGCUUCUUAGGCCAUUGGUGGUCUCCGAGAUGAAUUUUGACUAUGUUGGCAUAGAAGUUAUUGGAGUUGCAAACCUGACUUGGCCAAGUCAAUUAUUGGUGGCUUCCUCACUUCAUGAACUUGCUACAAGUGCCUAAUGUCAACUAUGACAAAGAUUGAAAUAUUCAUUGAUAUGUCGAUAUAUCCAUCAAUGUAUCCGUAAAUUGGAAGGUUCUACAUCGAUAUUUAGGAUUAAUUGAUAUCUCCAAUAUCUUUUAUAAAUACACAAAACUCAAAAAGAAUUUCAUCUAUUUAAUUCCAAUGUGAAUAGGAAUGCUAAUAACAGGAUGCAUUAUGUAGUUUGAAAGCAAUGACAACUUAAUUAUUGAUUCAUACAAUUUUAUUAUUUUUUUAUUAUUAGAAAUAUUUGUUGAUAAUGAUAUUGAUGUAUCCAUCUGUAAUCCUAUGAUGACUGCACAUUGAUAAAGAAUGGUUAAUUUCCUUAUUACUCAAGGCCGUGGGAUUUCAGCUACAACCUCCAGGGAUCCAAAAGGUGGUCAGCCAUAUUGCAUACAUUUUCCCCUAGAGGUUGUUGCUGAAAUUGAGCAGUCGUAGGCUUUGCGGUGGGCAAUUAACUCUGUUGCUCUCCUGUUGCAAAUUGUGCUUGAAAGACCCUUUUCUUCCUACUAAGCUCAUGUUGGUAGUAUGUUAGAUACCUAGAUUAGUAUAGGGUAGGGGUAUAAGGGUGAUUAGUUAUGUAGGCAGUUAGAUUGUUAUAAAUAGGAAGUUGGUGAGGGAAAAAAGGGAGAUCAGUUUUGUGGGUAGUUCUUCUGCACUCUUUCUUGAGAGAGAGGAUAGGCAGAGAGGGUAUUUUACUUGUUCGUAGUUAAUUUCUGCAUUUUCAUCUCAGAAUUGAUAUUCAUCAAUUAUUCUCUGUAAUAGUGAGGUUUAUAUCAAUUAAAUAAGAACACAUCUUAUUGGUGUUCUAUCAUAGUACUUGAAGUUGUGUUUAUGAUUAUACUCUUAGUUCAAUUAAAAACAAGGGUCUUGGUGGUGUAGCUGGGCAGAGGGGUUCCCUUGUAAUUAGUCUUCUUAUGAUUAUUAACGGUUGGAGGACUCUUCUUGGUUAGCUAGGUGGGAGGGGUUCCCUCUACCCUGCUCUUAGGCUGUUCUUUUGGCUCUACUGGUAAAUAUUAACCUUUGUUGUUUAUAAAAAAAUAAUAAAAAACAAUUAUUUAGUAAUUACAUGUUUCUUUCCUCAACAAGUUAUGUUGUCUUGUUCCUUUGCUGCGUAAUGUGUACUUUACUAAUUGUCUUUUUCCCUUUACAUGCUAUGCGGCCACGGGUUUGGUUGAAAUUUGUGGUCUUCAUUGUUCCCAGGGACCUAUAUUUCAUGAUGGGAUGAAAGAAUGGAGCUGUUGCAAGAAAAGAAGCCACGACUUCAGCUUAUUUUUGGAGAUUCCAGGAUGCAAGACCGGAAAACAUACAACUGAAAAGCCAGUUUUGACCAAGCCAACCACUGCUGUUAAGAAGUUAAGUCCUCCUUUGUCUUCCAUGACAAAUGCAUUAGGGAAAGAGUCAUGUGCUAGGUGUCAGCAAGGUUUCUUCUGUUCAGACCAUGGUACACAAAUUAAAGGCACUAACAAAUCUAUUAAUGAAACCUCAACUAUACCCGGUGCAAGCAAUACUGAUACUCAGGCCCCUCCAACAAAAAAAAAAGAAAUUGGUAUUAAUGAACCUCAGAUCUGCAAGAAUAAGGGGUGUGGUAAAACUUUCACAGAGAUGGAGAAUCAUGAAACUGCCUGCAGUUACCACCCCGGACCUCCUGUUUUUCAUGAUCGGUUGAGAGGGUGGCAAUGCUGCAACAUUCACGUUAAGGAAUUUGACGAGUUCAUGGAAAUUCCUCCCUGCUCUCGUGGUUGGCACAAUGCCGAUCCAGCAUAACUAAACAACAUAGCCAUAUAAGUACAACCUUGUGUUUCUAUGAAGAUAUUGGAAGGUGGACUGGUUGGUCGUAUCUGAUUCCGACAUUCAUUUCCUUAUGGCUUAUAAAUAGGAGAAACAACUGUGGAGAUCUAGUUAACUUCAUCAGCAUAUAUACUAAAUGAAUGAAGCUUCAGUAUGGUUAUGAUAACUUCAAUGUUGUAUAUUUUUGAUCCUGCGAUAUAACAUUAUUAAUCUUUUGAAACUAUGUCCUCGACAUGUUCUUCCCUAUAGAUGCUUAUCUUGUGGCCGCAAUGAUUGGCAUCCCCCUUAUAGUUAAAUUCUCCUUACAUCUGAUGGCAAACUAGAGCCAUAUUGUUGCCCCCAGCAGUUUGAUUGAAUGGUAUAUGUAUUCAUUUCAUCUAAUCACACAAAAUAUAGUUGAUUGACAA